CUUGGUGGCUUCCGUAGCCGCAGCUAAAAGUCGUCAAUCAUGGCGUUUGAAAACUUUUGACGCGUCGAAACUUCCUGGACGGAAAUGCUUCUUUACAAACUGUCAGUAGGUAGCAUUCGUUCGACAGCAUUACAUUUUUACAAAGUCAGUAACUCGGCAGAUAUCCUAAAUGGGGGAAGAACACGGCACUCGAAACUUAACGUCGACCGGCGAAAGAUGCUAACGCUAACUUUGCUAACCAGUUUGACUAAGUUAGCUUGGUGGCUAAACAUCAGCUGUCGGGCUACUUCCGUGUCGUAAAUCUAGCCACGUCAAAAAUAUCAUUGUGUUAGCUUUGACUGCGAGUGGGCUUUAAAUUCGGGGUCAGGAUGUGGACUUGUCUACGUUACUGCGUCAGCCACUGCCUCCGAGCGGCCAUGACUCGGCUGGAGGAGGUCAACGGGGAGGUGACCAUGUGGUCCUCAGUCCGGUGGCUGGGCUACCUGUCCGGCCUCAACCUGCUGGUGGCGCUGUGCCUGGGUCUUUACGUCCGUUGGGAGAAGACAGCCGAGUCCACCCUCCUGGUCAUCUUCAUCCUAGCUCUGUUAGUCCUGGGUCUGGCCAGUGUGCUGUACUACUCCUACAACAUGGAGCGCCUCAGCCUCAACCUCCUCCACUUGUGGUUUGGCUUCCUGCUGGGCCUGCUGUGCUUCAUCAACAGCCCCACCCUGGAGGGCGACCCAAAGGAGCAGGCGGCCAAUGGUCUGCUUAUGUCCAGCUUGUCCGUGAGGACACUGUGGGCACUGCUGGAGAGGCUGCUGGGCUGCACCCGACACCGACCCGCUUUCCUCACGUUGGCCGAGCGGCUGGAGCUGGUGGGCUUCGCCGUCGCCAGCACGGUGUUGCUUCUCCGCAUGGCCCUGAGCGUCAUGGUGCUUGUGGUGGCCCUCGCCGCUGUCAUGGUGGCCCUGAGGCUGAAGGUGGUGCUGGCGCUGUCCAACCUGGUGUGCUUCAUCAUCAUCACCGCAGCGUUCUUCUUUGAGACGCUUCCUGUCAGAACCAACCCGUUUGCCCUGGGCUGCUUCUUCGGCCUGCUCAUCUGCGAUCCGCUGCUGGACGUCUACUUCAGCGGCCUCUCUGUGACCGAGCGCUGGCAGCCGUUUUUGCAAUGUGGGGGAUUGUGGCGCCGCCUUUCCCUGCUGCCCUUGCUGCUGCUGGAGGUGGUCUUCACCAUCCUGGCGGCACAGGUGCUGGACCGCCUGUACCGCUGGUACCUGACCAUCCCGGCCUUCUUGGCGUGUGUGCUCUUCUGGGGCAUCUGCCACAUGGUGUUCUUCAUCACCAUGUGGGGCUUUCACAGCAAACUGAGCGACUGCCAGAGGGUGUGUCUUAGCCAGGGGUCAGGGCUCAGUGGGCUGGACAAGAUAAUGGCCUCCAAGGGCAUGAGACAUUUCUGCCUCAUCUCCGAACGCCUUCUCCUCUUCACGCUGGUGUCCACCGUGGCUGUUGCUGCGUUCUCCUGGCAGGCUUCCAGCAGCAUCUUCUUGAGCACCUUCCUGGUCGUCCUCCCUCUGGAGUCUGUCUUCCACGGCCUGUUCCACGAGCUGAGCAGCAGCCUAGGAGGAACGUGUGUGGGCUACGCUGUGGUCAUCCCCACCAACUGCUGCAGCCCUGAUGGCCAGCCCAUGCUGCUGCCGCCCAGCCAGGUGCAUCAGCUCAACAUGCGCUCCACAAGCAUGCUGAACAACAUCCAGCGCUUCUUCUCCCACCACCUCAUCGAGACAUUUGGCUGUGACUACUCCACCAGCGGAGUGACCCUGGAGGCUCUGCAGGCCAAGCUGAAGUCCUUCAUGGAGCUCCGCACUGCGGACGGGCCUCGCCACGACAUGUACGUCGUCUUCUACAGCGGACCCACAUACCGCUCUGGAGAAUGGGCGCUGGCAGGGGGCAACACUCUUAGUCUGGACCAGAUAGUGCAGUGGUGGCGGGAGAAGAACAGCAACUUCUGCUCGCGCCUCAUCCUCGUGCUGGACUGCCACAACUCCCUGGCGAUGGCAAAGGAGGUUCGUAAGGUGGAGGGCGUCUACGUGGCCGUGCAGGGCGCCACCCUCGUCAAUGGCGCCGAUGUGGAGCAGCCGGAGCCCCAGACAGGCGACUUCCUCUCCCAGUGGGUGGAGUACAACUGCAACCCCAAGAGCAACACGCAGUGGUCUCAGAGGGGCAGGGCGGUGGCGGCGGACUACGGCGUGUCCCGACACUGGAGCGACUACACGCUGCACCUGCCCACAGACCACGAUGUCACCCACCACUGGAGUGUGUACUUCCCCCGUGUCACCUACCCCGUGGUGCAGAUGGCGCUGUGGGGCGGCGGCCCCAACGAGCUGAGGCUGUGCAGCGCCUGUGUGAGGUGCCUCAAGAGAGUCAAACUCAACUGGUUUCCUCCUGCCAUCCUGGACACCGGACAAGGCUUCAAGCUGGUCCGGUCUUAGCACCUCCACCUCAUGUUCGCUUGGCAGCUAACCUUCUCACACGCCAGCAGCCAUUUUGUUACUGAUUUUUAUCCAAAUGAAAAAGAAAUGUUUUACUUGUACUCUGACCCAAAUGUAAGACCAUGGUUUUUUUUCCCCCCAUGUAAUCUGAACGGUUUGUCUUAUAUUUUUGUACAAAUAUAAAUAUAAUUCUAAGAAAUAUAAGCAUUUUGUUUUGGAAUAUUUAACAUUUUUUUUUUUUAAAGGAUUAAUUUUAUCUUAUUUUUCCAAAACCAGGUCUUAUAUUUGGGUCACACCUGAGGGAUGUACAUUGAUACUAGUUUGCACCUUUUAUUUUUUUGCAUGUGGAAUAAUUCCCAAGUGCCAAUUUAUCAGCUUAUUUGUGCAGCCUUACACCAAAGUGCUACAUAUGAAAGACCAGAAACAUGUUUUUAUGUUACAAGCAGUCAAAAGUGAUUUUUUUUCUAUUUUAUUGUUGCACUUGUUUGUGCUUACAAUCCAUUCGAUGACCUUCACUGUAACUGGACUGUGAAACAAGUGUCCCGAGGACGUUUUUUACACUAGUUUUGCUCCAAUGUGCCCGAGUGAACGCGAACAAAGUGAAAGAUGAACGUGAACCAUGCAAGGAUAGAGAUGUGGUGCUUUAAAGUUAUGCACUAUAUUAUAUCUUCAGUUGUUCAGGUAAUGUGUCAAAAUGCUUUAACAACAAACCUUUUUUAAUAAAAUUUGUUGAGCUUUGAA